GUUCGGUGAUGGAGGGGGGCGGGCUUGGGGCCGGUUUGAGGCUCCCCAAAUCGCCGGAGGGGCGGCAGCAGCAGCCUGGGGAAGAUCUGGGAUUGGGGAUAUGGAUCCCACCGCUCCCUGCCCUAAAAAAACUCCAAAAACUGCCUAGAAUGGGGGCUCGGGGCUGCUCCUGAGGGAACUCCCUUCUUCUCCUGCAGCACUUUGAGCGGAGGAGCCGGAACGCGGAGCUGAGGCAGGAAAGUUUUCCCUCGGCGGAAGGAGCACAGCCCGGGCCAUGUUCUCCAAGAAGAAGAAGCGCGUGGAGAUCUCGGCGCCGUCCAACUUCGAGCACCGGGUGCACACGGGCUACGACCCCUCGGAGCAGCGCUUCACGGGGCUGCCCCGCCAGUGGCAGGGGCUGCUCGAGGAGUCGGCCCGGCGCCCCAAGCCCCUCGUGGACCCCGCCUGCAUCACCGCCAUCCGCGGGGCCCACAAGCCCAUCGUGCGCGGCUCCAAAGGGCCCCAGGAUGGGACCCCCGGGGGCCGUGACCGGACGCUGGCGUGGCUCCUGGACGAGCUGGCGGCCGUGUCCGUGUCCCGCUCCAACUCCCUGCGCCGGGACAGCCCCCCCUGCCCCUCCCCGGAGAACGGCCUGGCCCCGGCGCCCCCCCGGCCCCGCCCGGACCCCCAGGCUCGCCCCGGCCCCGGGGGCCGCCCCAAGUCCAGCUCGGCCGGGGAGGGGCCCCCGCGGCCCCCGGCCCGCGAGCAGCGCCCGCUCUCGGGGCCCGACCUGCGGCCCCCCGAUGGCCCCGGCGCCCCCCGCGAGGGGCUGAAGACGGCGCCAGGACGCCCCUUCCACACCUACCCCCGAGCUGACACCGACCCCGGCCCGGGGGGCAGCGCCCAGGCCGAUCAUGCCGCGGGACGCCCUCAGGAGGUGCCCCCCAAUGGGCCGCUCCCCGCCUCAGGAGGAGCCCCCCAAGCCCCCAAAGCCCCGGCGCCUCCUCCCCCUCCUCCUCCUCCGCCGGAGCCCCCGGAGCCCCCGGCCCCGCGCGGCCCCGGCCCUGCUGCCGUGCCCCAGCGCGUGUCCCACGAGCAGUUCCGGGCGGCGCUGCAGAUGGUGGUGGACCCCGGGGACCCCCGCUCGUACCUGGACAACUUCAUCAAGAUCGGCGAGGGCUCCACGGGCGUGGUGUGCAUCGCCACCGUGCGCGGCUCCGGGCAGCUCGUGGCCGUCAAGAAGAUGGACCUGCGCAAGCAGCAGCGGAGGGAGCUGCUCUUCAACGAGGUGGUGAUCAUGAGGGACCACCAGCACGAGAACGUGGUGCAGAUGUACAACAGUUACCUGGUGGGCGACGAGCUCUGGGUGGUGAUGGAGUUCCUGGAGGGCGGCGCCCUGACCGACAUCGUCACCCACACCAGGAUGUCGGAGGAGCAGAUCGCCGCCGUGUGCCGCUCGGUGCUGCGCGCGCUCGCCGUGCUGCACGCCCAGGGCGUCAUCCACCGUGACAUCAAGAGCGACUCCAUCCUCCUCACGCACGACGGACGGGUGAAACUCUCGGAUUUUGGGUUCUGUGCCCAAGUGAACAAGGAUGUGCCGCGGCGCAAGUCCCUGGUGGGGACCCCGUACUGGAUGGCCCCGGAGCUCAUCUCGCGCCUGCCCUACGGCCCAGAGGUGGACAUCUGGUCCCUGGGGGUGAUGGUCAUCGAGAUGGUGGACGGGGAACCCCCUUAUUUCAAUGAGCCCCCCCUCAAAGCCAUGAAGCUGAUCCGGGACAACCUCCCCCCCCGGCUCAAGAACGGCCACAAGGUGUCCCCGUCGCUGAAGGGGUUCCUGGAGCGGAUGCUGGUGCGGGACCCCGCGCAGCGAGCCAGCGCCCCCGAGCUGCUCCGUCACCCCUUCCUGGGUGUGGCCGGGCCCCCCGCCUGCAUCGUGCCCCUCAUGCGGCAGCACCGGCUGCGCUGAGAGACCCCCGGGCGGGGGGCAGACCCCUGUCCUGGGGGAGAGAACCCCCAGACGGGGGAGAGACCCCCCAAGCUGGGGGAGAGACCCCUGUCCUGGAGGACAGACCCUCGGACAGGGGGAGAGACCCCCGGGCAGGGGGAGACCCUUGGACAAGGGGGGAGACCCCUCCCACUCCAGUGGAGACCCCCUACCCCGAGAGAGACCCCCCCACCCCAGGGGGAGACGCCCAGCCCCCUCCUCAGCAGCCCCCCCAAACUGGAGCGGGCCUGGGACGUUCUGGGGGACCCCGGCCCCCCAACCUGUACUACUGAGCUGGGGACCCCCAGCAGAGAUUUUGGGGGGGGAGGCCGCCGUCCCCGAGAUUUGGGGCUGCAUGGGCUCCUCCCGCCCCCCCUGCCUUUGGGACCCAUUUUGGGGCAUUUCCCACUUUUUUUUUGAUUUUUAUUUUAGCCCCCUCUUUUCUGCCCAGUUCGGGCACUUGGGGUGCAGCCCCCCCACACACCUCCUUGAGGGGGGGUCCCCAAAACUACAGCCCCCCCUCUCCCCCCCCACACCACACUACUGAUUCGGGGUGUUGUCGUCCCCCCCCAUUUUGAUUGAUUUUGGGGUUUUUUUGUUUGUUUGGUUCCUUCCCUCCCCCCUCGGUUUUGGUUUGUUUUGUUUUUUUGUUUUUUAACAAAAAAUUGAUAUUUAUAUGGUCGGGUUUUGUACCGUGCGGGAGGGGGGGGGACACGGGCCCCCCCCCAGAA